AUGGGAAAGAAAGUGAAGAAGGAGACCGAAACGCCAUGCAAAGAAUUUGAGGCACUUCUUGUUUUGGGCAAAACCCCAGCAACAGUAGUGCGGCUGCUGAGCUCACCAGAGGAAGACAUCCUAAUCAAAGCUUGUGAUGCAAUCCACACAUUUGCAGAGAAAGGAGAUAAGAACAAGGUUUCUCUGCUGGGACUUGGGGCAUUGGAACCUCUCUGUCAGCUCAUCACUCACAACAACAAGCUGGUUCGGCGCAAUGCCUUCAUGGCCCUGGGCAUCAUGGCCAUCAACGGUGAUGUAAAGAGUGUUCUGAAAAAAAUAGAUGUCAUUCCAUUGAUUAUAGACAAACUGUCACUUGAAGAAGAUACAGUUGUCCAUGAGUUUGCAUCUCUGUGCCUGGCCUCUCUGUCACUGGAUUUUCCCCGUAAUGUCCGGAUCUUUGACAACAAGGGCUUGCCACCUCUGAUUCAGCUUCUCACCAGUCCAGACCCAGAUAUUACAAAGAACUCACUAGAGAUCAUCUUCAACCUAGUUCAGGACUACCAAUGUCGCAUGGCAAUUCAUGAGUUGGGUGGGAUCCCUCCACUUCUGCAACUGUUGAAGUCGGACUUCCCUGUCAUUCAGCAUUUGGCUUUAGUGACGCUGCAGAAUGUCACCACUGAUAAAGAUACAUGUAACACCUUCAGGGAAGAGCAGGGAUUUGAGAAGCUCAUGGAUAUCCUUAAUAACAAGGACUUUAGUGACCUUCAUGCUGAGGCCUUACACGUAGUGGCUAACUGUUUGAGUGACAGUGAGAGUGUACAGCUGAUCCACAAGGGUGGAGGACUGACUAGGCUGAUGCAUUUUUGUCUCACCCCCAACUUGCCUGAAAUCCAGUCCAGUGCUGUUAAAUGCAUUGCCAGGGUUGCUCAGAGCUCUGAAAACCGCAAAAUGCUCCAUGAGCAGAAUGUGGAGAAGGUUCUGGUAGAGCUUCUAUAUGUGGCGGACAUCGGCGUGAAAACAUCUGCCUGUCAGACUGUGGCUGCCAUGAGCUUCAACCUAUCCAGUAAAGACAGCUUCAGGGACCUGGGUAGUAUCCCUGCAGUGGUACAGGGGCUGAGCAGUGAGAGUUUAAAGCUGAGCGAGGCAACAACCCAGGCCCUCUCUUACCUCACACAUAGCAACCACCUCAGCGCAUUUGCAGUGUACGAGGCAGGAGGCCAUAAGAUCCUUGUCCAGCAGCUCUAUGAAGCCGCCCCAAUGGUUGCCAAUGCUGCUGCCACGCUUGGCAACAUGGCAAGACAGGAAGUGAUCCGCUGCAGCAUCUUGUCACACGGAGCCAUACAGGCUCUGGUGGAACCCUUAAAGUCCACAGAUACACAGGUCUUGGUCAACACCACACUGUGUCUGACAGUGAUAGCUUGUGAGACAGAAGCUAGGGCAGAGCUACAAAGUGCUGGAGGCCUUUACCCACUGGUCCAUUUGCUUCGAUCCUACCACAAGGAGGUUUUGCACAAUGCAUGCUUGGCAGUUAAUGUCUGUGCCAGUGAUGAGCCCACUGCUGUGGAGAUGUGCAAAUUUGGAGCCCUAGAAAUGCUUCAGGAAAUCAACCAGUCAGUGAAUCGCAGGAGCAGAUUCAGCGAGUUGGCCAUGAUCAGCCUGCUUAACUCCAACUUGUCUGUUAAAUACAGCCUGACAGGUCAUUUGGCCUCCACUGAUAUUAUUAGUGAUGGCUUCUACGAUGCCGGGAAGGCUCGUGCAGGGCAGAGGAUUCUGACUUUAGAGGAACUGUCUAAGCAGCCAGUCAACCAGCACUGGCCCAUCAUUGUUGUGAACACAACACAAAAGAAAGAAGGUGACAAACAUAAAGAUGAGACCCAGUCUGGGUCACCUACAGAGAAACCGUGGAAGAUGAAGGAUGACAUCUCUUUGCAGGUUCUAGUUAAAGAAGCCCAAGAAUCCAUCCUCCUACUGAAUGAUGAACAAGAGCAGUAUGCUGCCUUGGCCAGGCUGGUGAGUGAAGCCAUUGGUGGAGCAGUGGACAUGGAAAAGUUGCACAAAUUCCCAUGGGUGCUGCACCUCAGCGAUCUCAAGUUUCAGUUUCAGUCUAAUGUCAUUCCCAUUGGGUUGAGCAGCAGGGGAAUCUACUGUCAUAGGGCACUUCUCUUCAAGUGUCUGGCUGAUUGCAUCGGAAUAAGCAGCACACUUGUUAGGGGCGAGUACAACCGGGCUUGGAACGAGGUAAUCCUCUUGAGUGGGAAUCCCUCCAGCAAUGGGCGCUCUUCACAGCCCUGCCGCUACAUAGUAGACCUUAUGCACCAGCCUGGAAGCUUAUUGGCAGCCAAAACCCCUGUUGCUCUGCAGUACCAGACUAUAUAGACCAACACUGCAGUGUAUAAAUACCAUAGUAUAUAAUGCUUUGACCAGACAUUUGAUUUGUAUUGUAUGUGUAUUUGGUGGCAAACCUUUAAACCACACAAGUUACUAUUAUUCAUUCGUCAAUUGAUUAUUUUGGUGCAUGCACAUGCCAUAAAGAAAAAUUCUGUCUAUGAAUAUGGCUUCUCUAAUAAAUGCACUGAGUUAACCUUUGGUUCUUCCACUGAGGAUUGUCAGUGUUUAAACUACAGGUCAACCAAUGACUCACCAGAGUCAAGCUCUGCAAUUUAGAGGUGGGUAGCAGGUGGUCUUUAUCUGCUGUUUGUGCCUCAACUGAGGUCAUAAAAUUGAAAAGAAAAUAUGUUUUUGUCAGUUCUUGGAUCAUUUAUUUUGCAGGAGACAUACUGCAUGUUAAGACUACCACACAAAUAAA